UAAGGCGCACAGACACCUAGGUCCCAAGCUCCUGGUGACAGUAAUGUUGCGGGUUUGCCCAUCUGUAGCUGAGAGCAGAGAUACUGUAUGCGCGUACUGUUCCGUCAUCUGGGUAUGUGGACGUGGGGAAGAGUCUCUGCCAACCAUAGGUAUCUGGAGGAGUCCUGGAUCACGAAAAGUAACAACAUCAAGGAUCUAGAAGGCUACGAUCUUCUACUUUUUAUCCGUUGUCGGGACGUCACUUCUCCUGACUUGAUACGACUCCUUAAGGAGGACCUGCUGCCGGAGACGACGGCCUUCUACGACCCUCACACACUCUACAUGAGAGUCAAUCAGUUGAAGGUGGUCUGGGUUGUCGAUGGCUUCGAAGAAGCCACGAAUGAAGCUAUCAAACUUUUGACAACAAUGCUUGAGAGGCAACCAAAGUCCCACAUUGUGUUAGUAACUUCCAGACCAGAGCACAGUCUGACAUUUACCACGCAUUUCGUCAAGAAAAAGCUAAUAUCAAUUUGA